AUGAACCGUCUCUACUGGCUCUUCCUUGCCGGCUUCGCCCAGCAAUGUCUGUCUCUUACGCUCCGUGAAAUCGCUCCUCCUCAGGAUACGCCUCACCUUCUCACCAGAAGCGAUGGAGGCUGGGACAACAAUUGGCCUGGCGAUCUCUCCGACCCGGACCACUAUAACCACCCCGCCUGCAACACCACCCUCGCCCCCAGACAGGUCGAGUCGUUCUACUGGGGUGGUGUCACCGACCAGGGCCGUGCUGCCAUCGCCAACUUCACCGUCACCGGCAAUGGACACAGCGGACACCUCCUCUCCAUGGAGAAGUUCCGCAAUCUGCUCAGCUCCGUGCAGUGCACCAACAACACCAUGACUGUCGGAUUCAAGGACCAGCAGAUCUAUGACUGGUCGAAAGAGGCCUGGGGAACCAACCACACCUUUACCGUCGUCGCUGGAGCCGGCGACUGUGGAUGGAACGAGAACCGUCUUCCUUUUGUCGUCUCCCGGGUGCAGUUUGGCGCUAACAAGAUGGCAAGAUUGAUCGGUCGCCCUUCAAACUGGGAGGCUGUUGCGAGCGACUACGAGCUCUCCGUCGGUGGUCCUCCCCCUGCUGGCCAGGGACGGUCUCUGCUGAACCGACGGAACUGGAGUCCUUCGUUCAGCCUUGACUUUGACCGUGACCUUCCGCUCGAUAGCUAUACCAUCCCCAACGACAAGAUCGACAUCACCAUCGACUGCGAUGACUGUGGAACCAAGGGAUCGUUCGACUUUGACUUUCACAUCAAGACCAAGUUUGGCGCUAUCCCCGAGUCCGCCACGAUGAGCAUUACCCCCGACGACGUCUCGUUCAGCAUCACGCCCCGUCUCUCCGUCAGCGGUACCUUGAAGGGGGAAAUGAAAAAUGAGAAGGUCCUCGCCCGUAUCCCGGUCGAGGGUAUUUCCAUCCCCGGUGGCAUUCUCAACCUCGGCCCCCAGAUCGUCUUCAGCUUGGGAUACAAGCUCAAUGAUAUCGAUGGGGAGGGGACCGUCUCUGCCGGUGUGGCGCUUGAUCUCAAGGAUUCCGCCUCGAUCGAUGUGGAUUUCUUCGAUCCCAAUAUCACUGCAACAGGAUGGAAGCCUAAGGUUUCUCCUAUCCCGGUGGCUAUCGAUUCGGAAAUUGAUGGUGAAUUUGAGAUCUACGCAAAGGCUGCCCUUCAGUUAUCUGCUGAGGUCGUUAAAAAGGGAUACGAGGUCAAUGUCAACGUGGAGCCUUUUGUCGGAGCAAAUCUCAAUGCUCUUCAAUCACUGUCGGGCGCCUGUCCAGACGACGAGGACAAGAAGCAAUUCGGAGUUGAGAUCGACCCAGACUUUGGUGCCACUAUCAAUGCCGAGCUCGCAAAGGCAAAGAAGGCAGCUGAUCCCAUCGUCUCAACCCAGCUUGCUGAAACCACCGUAUCUACCGGCUCUACAUGCGUCCCCUUUGGCGCCGCUGCUACUUCAUCCCGCGUAGCUGGUGGUGGUGGCGGCGGUGGUGGUCACCAUGCAUCAUCCAGCUAUCACAGGCCUUCUUCGAUCCGUGCCAGCGCAACUGCCACUCCCACUGGAUCCGCUGACGCUGGACAUGUCACCCCUACCGCAUCGACUGGCACUACAGCUACUGGCACUGCUCACAAGACCUCGACUGCAACUGAUGAUAGCUCUUCGGCUGAGGAGACUGGCACCCAUACUACCACGGCCGAGUCUUCGAAGAAGACCAAGUCUCACUAG